CUCGUCCCUGCGUGAUGCACUGCGCUAUUGCUAUUCCUGGGACCCACUGCUUCUAGCGUCUGGUCGGCGGCAGCAACAUCCGACAUUUUUGAGAAGUCGAACUCUUGGCAGCCGUAUCUGAAGUGCUCCACCAAAAAGUAUCAGCGCGUUAUCGACAUCCGCACGCGAACGUACCAGCACAACGUCGCAGCCAUGGGUGUCCAAAAGAAGACGCGCAAGUUCGCGCAGAUGAAGAGAGUCAUCGGCCAAAAAGAUGGAAGACUAAAGAAGAACCAAGCCGACGGCGAACUUGAAGCCAAAAAGAAAGCCGCCGCCGAAGUAGCCAAACGCGAAAUCCCCCAGGUCUCCUCCGCGCUCUUCUUCCAGGCCAACACCGCCCUUGGCCCGCCCUACUCAGUCCUCGUCGACACAAACUUCCUCUCCCAUACCGUCCACGCCAAGCUCGAGCUGGACAAAGCGCUCAUGGACCUGCUCUACGCAAAGGCCACACCCAUCAUCACCACCUGCGUGAUGGCCGAGUUGGAGAAGCUGGGCCCGAAGUACAGGAUUGCGUUACGCAUUGCGAGGGAUGAGAGGUGGGAGAGACUGAAGUGCGAUCACAAGGGCACGUAUGCGGAUGAUUGUAUUGUGGAGAGGGUUAUGAAGCAUAGAAUUUAUCUUGUGGCGACGAAUGAUAGGGAUUUGAAGAGGAGGAUUAGGAAGAUUCCCGGUGUGCCAAUUGUGAGUGUGGCGAAGGGGAAGUAUGUUAUUGAGAGGCUGCCAGAUGUCGCUGAUAGUAGGUGAUGGGGGACACUGGAGGAGGGGAUUUGGUUUAUGCAUAGCGCGGCGUUUGGGAUAUGGAUGGCACAUUGAAACACACGGCAGAGUGAACGGCAUCUCAACAUAUCAGGAAUGGAUUUAAAAGAUGAG